GUGACAUAUAACACCUGAGCUGACUUGGAACCAGCCAUGACUCUGCUACGUAUUGCUCUAUGGAUGCUUAUAUCAGUUAGCGUAUCGGAGGCGGGCAUCUUUGAAAAUGUCUGUGCGUCAGUGGUCAGACAGCUGAACUGUUUGUCAGGCAGUUUCCCAAAGGUGGAUAUAUGCGCUUCGGACGGGAAGCGCUAUGUCACUGAAUGUCACUUCGCGAAGGCUCAUUGUCUCGACCAGAACUUGAAGGUUAUCGACUGCGUGACAUCCAUGCCAAGCAGUCAGCCUACACAGGUACCAACAGCUACACAGGCACAAUCAACCACACAGGCACAAUCAACCACACAGGCACAAUCAACCACACAGGCUGUGCCGACAAGCCCAGCCACACUCAGCGCUAUAUGUAAGAUACUGGUCAGCGCCACAUGUCCAGAUCUGAAGGAGGAAGUGUGUGGAACGGAUCUGGAAACGUAUGAUAACAUGUGUACAUUUGAAGUUGCAAAGUGCAAAUCGCCAUCACUGGCCAUCAAAAACAAUGGCAAAUGUCAGCUAACGGCUCCUGACAUCAUCUGCAAGACUGUGAAGAACUAUUCCUGUCCCCCUGAAACUGAGCUGGUGUGUGGCAGCGAUGGAAAUACGUACUCCAACUUAUGCGAGUUUGACAAAGGAAAAUGUACCACACCCAAUCUCACUAUUCACAGUAUUGGGAAAUGCUAGCAAGAUAUGAUUUCCCAAAAUCACUAUGGUGGCCUAUAGCUAUAUAUUGAGGAUGUAUCCAGAUUGGCGAUAUCUAAAUACAAGCUUCCAUGUUAUAAUACACAACUGAUGGUCUUGGACACCAUAAUAAAUUAAUUCAACAUCA